UUAAACAUGAGAUGUGUCUAUCAGAUGUGUGUAUUUGCAGAGACAGUAAAACCUCCAGACUUGAAUAACCCCCCCAAGAUGACACAGGGACCUCGAUAACCUGAAUACUAUUUUUUGUCCCAAAUUUUGUUUGUCCCAUUAGCUCACAUGUUAAGUCCACUUAACACCCCCCCCCCCCUUGCGGCACUUUUUCUCAAUCCAAAGUGUUUACCUUGGAGGGGUUUUACUGUAAACUGUUUGUACUGUUUAUGUGUAUUCAUGAAAUACAUCUUGACCUGAUCUUGUGAUAUGACUGUAAUGCAAUAGCACAUACCAGUAUAAUCUUUUCUUAGCAUACCAAUGCUGAAUAACUCCCCAUAAAUACCCUGCUAACAACAUAAGCCUUGGACUAUUGGCUAUUAAAGAAAGAAGCAUCUGGGACUACUGUAGACCAUGUCUCUUGAAGAUUUAAAGAAAAUAGCAUGUGAUGCAAUAGACAAGGCUGCAGGAGAGCUUAACACAUUAAGUCAAGAAAUAUGGAAAAAUCCAGAGUUGAAUUUUGAAGAGCACCGAGCACACAAGGUUCUGACAGAGUAUCUGACAAAGGCAGGGUUUAAUGUUGAACCUAAAUAUAAGCUUGAUACUGCUUUUAGAGCCACCCAUUGGUCUGAUGGAGAAGGACCCCAUGUUGCAGUGUUGUGUGAAUAUGAUGCCCUCCCUGAGAUAGGCCAUGCAUGUGGAAUUAACCUAUUAGCUAUCCAUGGGUCUGAUGGAGAAGGACCCAAUGUUGCAGUCUUGUGUGAAUAUGAUGCCCUCCCAGAGAUAGGCCAUGCCUGUGGACAUAAUCUGAUUGCAGAAGUUGGAAUUGCUGCAGGAAUUGGAAUUAAAGCUGCAAUGGAGGCCUCGGGGAAACAUAUUGGGAAGCUUACAGUUUUGGGAACCCCUGCUGAGGAGGGUGGUGGUGGAAAAUUGGACCUUUUGGAUGAGGGUGUAUUUAAAGAUGUGGAUAUUGCCUUGAUGUGCCACCCAGCGCCCCUGACAUUGACCUCCUUGCCUUUCAUUGCAAGACAUAAUAUUCAAGCCAAUUUCCAUGGCAAAGCAAGUCAUGCAGCAGGUUUUCCCUGGGAGGGCAAGAAUGCUUUGGAUGCUGCAGUUAUGGCAUACCAGAGUAUAUCUUGUAUGAGGCAACAAUUCAAACCCACAUGGAGGGUGCAUGGGAUCAUUACCAAAGGUGGGGUGAAGCCCAAUAUUAUCCCAGAUGAGACUGAACUACUUUAUUAUCUGAGGGCUCCCACAGACAACGAGGUGGCAGAAAUCAAAGCUAAAACAAUAGAUAUAUUUGAGUCAGCUGCAAAAAUGACAGGAUGUACAGUUGACAUCACUUAUCCUGGGAAGCCAUACUCAAACCUGAUCACAAAUGAUACACUUGCAACAACAUUUGAGAAGAAUGCCAAGUCUAUAGGGGUUGAAUUUGAAGCUGAUCCUGAGAAGGCAACAGCUGGGGGGUCUACAGACAUGGGAAAUGUCUCGUAUGUUGUGCCAAGUAUUCACCCGGUCUUUUAUAUAGGAACAAAUGCACCUAUCCAUUCAAAGGAAUUCACAGUUGCUGCAGGAGAUGCCAAGGCACAGCCUUACACUCUAGACCAAGGUAAAGCUCUAGCAAUGACAGCUCUAGAUGUGUUCCUCACCCCUGGAGUACUGGAACAAGCCAGGAAAGACUUUCAGAAGGAUACAGCCUAG